CCGCGCAGAGCGCCCCUCCGCCUGGCGCGCGGCGUGGUCACGCCCAGCGCAGGCAUUAGCGCCCCCCGAUGCAGGGCGCGGGCGCCUGGGCAUCCUCCGGCGCGGCGGCGGCGGCGGCUCCGGCUCCGGCUCCGGCUCCGGCUCCUCCCCGGCACCUCAGAGCGCCGCGGGCGCGGAGCGGCUCUCAGCGCUAGCGAGUCAGCGGGCGCGGGCGCGGGCGGUGCGCGCUCCGCGGGCCCUUCCUGCUUCCCCCGCGACAAAGCCAUGAAGCCGGCGGUGCUGGAAGUAAUGAGGAUGAACCGGGUGUGCAGGAUGGUCCUGGUCACUUCCGUGGGCUCCUUCAUCCUCGUCAUCUUCUAUUUCCAAAGUAUGUUGCACCCAGUAAUGCGUAGAAAUCCAUUUGGAAUGGACAUUUGCUGUCGGAAGGGAUCCAGAAGCCCGCUCCAGGAGCUGUAUAAUCCCACCCAGUUGUCCAACACAGCAAUUCUUCAUCAGAUUAGACGAGACCAGGUGACAGAUACAUGCCGAGCAAACAGUGUAUCUAGCAGGAAACGCCGUGUGCUGACACCCAAUGAUCUCAAACAUCUGGUCGUGGAUGAAGACCAUGAAAUGAUCUAUUGUUAUGUUCCCAAAGUGGCCUGCACAAACUGGAAGAGAGUCAUGAUGGUUUUGACAGGAAGAGGCAAGUACAGUGAUCCAAUGGAAAUACCAGCCAAUGAAGCCCAUGUGUCUUCAAAUCUGAAGACCCUCAACCAAUACAGCAUCCCAGAGAUCAACCACCGCUUGAAAAACUACAUGAAGUUCCUAUUUGUUCGCGAGCCUUUUGAGAGACUGGUGUCAGCCUACAGGAACAAGUUCACCCAGAAGUACAACACUUCCUUUCACAAGAGAUAUGGCACCAAAAUCGUGAGGCGUCAGAGGAAAAACGCAACCCAGGAAGCUCUGCGGAAAGGCGACGACGUGAAAUUUGAGGAGUUUGUGGCGUAUCUCAUCGACCCGCACACCCAGAGAGAAGAGCCCUUCAACGAGCACUGGCAGACUGUGUACUCCCUCUGCCACCCCUGCCACAUUCACUACGACCUCAUAGGAAAAUACGAAACGCUCGAAGAGGAUUCAAAUUACAUCCUUCAGCUCGCGGGAGUAGGCAACUACCUGAAGUUCCCCACCUAUGCAAAGUCCACGAGAACUACUGAUGAAAUGACCACAGAGUUCUUCCAGAACAUCAGCUCGGAGCACCAAACGCAGCUGUAUGAAGUCUACAAACUUGAUUUUUUAAUGUUCAAUUACUCAGUGCCAAGCUACCUGAAAUUGGAAUGAGGGAUGGGUUGGGGGGAGAGAGGGGAGAGAAAGCCUGUUUUAUUUAAGAUUUUUAUUUGUCAUAAUAAAUAUGGAGAAUGGGUUAUUUUGUAAAUUAAUAUUUUCUUUUUUGAAUGAUGCUGCGAGCAGCACAGUCAAAAUUAUUUAAAUCAACUGUAAGAAAGGACAGCUCUCUUUACAGGGUAACAGCAUUGUGACGAUCUAGCUGUAGAAAUGAAUAAUACUGCUACACUGUUUUAAAAAUGUUCAUUGUGUUUUGGUGGAUUUCAUUGAUCUUGCAUUCCUCAAAUUCUAAUUCAUGUUAUUUAUACUUAUUUAAAACAUGGUGUUUUAGUAGGUUUCACUUUAGCAGCAGAACUAAGAUAACAUUUGGACAACAGGAAUCUGAUUUUGUACUUUCCUCAGCUGAGCUUGUCUCUGGAUAUUAAUACUCUUCCAUUAGCCUUUCGUGCAGGUAAAUAUGGGAGUGGUUGUUGAUACCACAUGUUUUGAAAAUACUGGUGGAAAUAAUUUCUUCAGACAGUGAUAUUGCACUUAAGCAUACAAAGAGGCUAUCUUUCUAGCCCUGAAAGGGAAAAAUAAAUCAGAUUUUGAUAGAUACAUGAUAUCUAAAAGUCAUGACUGAAAGAAAUGUGAAUGUAUUCCUUGGAAAGAGAAACCUUGACCUUUUUAAUCUGGUCUGAAUAAUUUUAUCAAGAACAUAGCUAGAGUCCCAGUGUCUCAUAAUUCCCAGCCUGCCAGCCCAACUGAAUGCAGAUUUGCAUCCAGAAGUGGAUUUCUGGAUGCUGCAUCAGAAAAAUCAGCAUUUUGAAAGUGACUGUUUUGAAAGUGACUAUGGAGAUUUUUGAAUGCCCAAAGCAAAAGACACUUAAUUCGUGUGCAGGAUGUGGAGGGUGAGGGCCUCCCACCUUCUGAAAAAUCAUGCCGCCUUAACCUGUGGGCAGUCAGAAUUGGCUCAUGUGCUCAAAAAAAUCCUGGUCAUAAUAUGUUGCUAUAAAGGAUGUGGGCAUGUCAUUUAAAAAGUCAGAAAGUCAUCUUCAUGUUGAUCUCAAAGCAUGCAAGGCAAUAAAGAAGGUCUCUAAUCUUCCUACAUGCUGGUUUCAUGGCUUUUUCCUCUGGGGGAAGGGGGAGUCUUCUUUUUUAGUUGAUGCUGAAAUACCAUCCACAAGUGUGUUUCUAAUUUCCAGUGAGUUAAUAUUCCAUCUACGUUAAUUCUAGUAUGAGAACAUGACCUUUUUCCAUAAGGUGAAUGUCUCAGUAGCAGUUGUUGCGCUUAUAAUACCUGUUGGGACGGCAAGUUGUACAAGGAGUAGAAUACCGAGUAAUUGUUUUGAACAGGCAAGUGAGUUGUUCACAGCCAAUAAGUAAGGAAAAAAUGGGGUUUUAAUGUGGAAUUAUUGGCAAGCUCAGUGAGCAGAGGCUGUGCAGGCUCCUCCAAAUGUUUACUUUAAUUUGGUGUAAGUGAGAUGUACAACCAGGAGGGCGGUAGGAGUGUGGCUGGGGAAAUGGUCCGUACCUACAACCAAGCUGGCCUGACUGGAGGAGGCUCGAUAGGUGCUUUCCCCCAGCUGGUGCGCUACGCCGAAAACACAGCAGAAGCAUCUGGCUGAGUAAGAGACGCCAGGAAUGUGCUGCUUUUAGUUCUCAGGAUGACAGCCUGUGUUUUCACCACCAAGAAACUCGGGAUUUCCAAAAAUCAAGGGGCGGUUUUGAUUUUGCGAGCCUUCAUUAACUUAGAAUUUUUUCUGGCAAACAAAAGAGAGGUAAUCGGCAAAAGGAUGCCAAGGCUUAAGUUGAGAAAAUUAUGAGAACCUAAAAUCUGUUUUACAGUUGUUUGCUAAAAUGGGAUUUGAAUUGCAAUCUUCCUAUGAGCAAAUCCAACAUUUCCAAAAGUUAGUGGAAAAAUUUCAUAAAUUCAGCUGAAGGCAGAGCUCUUUUAACAGUAUCAGGGCCAGAGCCUGAAAAAGUCCUACUGUACUGUAGCUGAUAAUGCCCAAUGAAUUACAUUAGCCUCCAAGACACAUACAUGGUUAAAGAAGAAAAAGUAGGAUCCAUCUUAUUUUACAAAAAUAAGUCACUAAAUAAAUCUCAGCGAAGAACAAAUUAGCAUAACAAGCAACAGCUAAAGUCCUUUCACAAUUGUAUUUGGUCUUACCCAGGAUUUGGGUCAUUAUUUUUUUUUUUUAUCAUAUCCUAGAAAUAAACCUCUCAUCCAUUCUGGAACAGACACGGUUUUUAUAACCCAGGUCCUAUUUAUAAUCUAGGAGACUAACACAGUGGCUAGUAAAGAACUGGCUGUCUAAAUUGGACAGCUCUGAAUUCCUAAGUGGUUCCUGAUCGCUGACUAGUGUUUUACUUGAAAGCAGUUUUGUCUCAUUUAGAGUAUGUGGAGCUGUUGCAAGUGCCUAUCACAGUGUGCCCUGUUUUUCUUUUAUUUGUAGUUCAAUGGUUUGUUAAAAAAAAAAAAAAUCUGUAUGAGGGUAGAUUCCUCACCACCAGUAUUUCCGGCAAGCUAUUUAUUUGCUUGUUUGGUGUUGUAUCCAGCAGUGCUAAUGUUUUGGUCCGAUUUUCUCUUCAAUUAUUUGUUAGUCCUCUCCAACCAGAUCUGAUCUAAAGUUUUUCAUUUAAGAAAAGAUGGCUUCAAAAAGUAAAUAUUUAAAAAUAGGGUGCGCUUCCCCCCUUCUUUCUGUACUUUUUGCUUAUCUGUCAUAUCCACAUGGUUAUCUGUUCUUAAAUAUUCUCUUUAGUUUGACUAAAGAUGCAAAAAACUUUUCAGAGUUGUGAUUGAUAGAAAAGCUGUAGGUGAAAAGCAUGUUCAGAAGAUCAGAGGGGUGCGUGCUGUUGGAGCCGGGAGUUUUAGCAGCAGCCUUGGGUUUGGUUACCCAGCUCAUGCCUCUCUGCAGAGGCCGGGCGUACGGGUGUAGGCUCAACCCUGAAAUGGCUUUUAUGCAGUCUUAAGUGGGUACUUACAAAUCACUUGCUUUUUAAAAAUCGUGGUCCCAAGCUACUACAAACUUGAUUUAGCGUGUUCUGUGUCAUCUGGGGUGGCACGUAUUGCUUGCGGCUUUUCGUUGAAAAUGCACAACAGACACGCGGGAUGUGAUCUUGUCCUGCACGCCGAACACAGAGGCCUAACUAGUUCUGAGCAAGGAGGACUGGAAAUGUUACGGAAUAACCUUUUUAUUCAGACUACUGGGUGUGCCGUUUUGCCUGAGCCAAAAGAUGCUCUUUUCACUGACCCUCGUAGGCAGACGUGCGCGGCCGUACCUCCUCAGCUUAGAAAGCUGGCACCCACCACCACCUUUUACAGGGAGGAGGCAGGCCAUGGAAGCAGAUUUUUAUCCCAUCUCUUCACUCCGUUUCCAGCUGGGAGGAAUAGGGACGGUCGGCUGCUGAGCUCUGGCUCCUCCCCAUGUCCGUCCUGGACAGAUUCGUUCUUGCUGUGGGCACAGCUAAUCCCAGGAAAAGAAAAGUCAAAGCUGUAUCCACAGCAAGAGCCACCUGGGGAGCUGCUCUUUUAGAGCAACGUAUGUUAGUUACGGUCAAGUAGUGGUGCAAGUAGAGAGGGUCAGCUGGGGACUGGCCUAAUCCUCACCGCUGCUACCAGCCCCCUCAAAACCACUGGACCUUAAGAUGGCGAGACCCAUGCCUGCGCAAAGGGCACUUCCCUGUCAGCUCCGCAGGAAAACCCCUUGGCUGAGCCCAGCGGCGCUCGCCUUUCCUUAUGCAGACAGAUACAGUGGUGGGUUCGUUCCUCCCAAACGGCUCCAAGCAUGUCAGCCUGGCUCCCAGUCAGGAUUUGGCCCAUCUGAACACGGGGGUGCUUUCUGGGGAGGGGAGGGAAAUGUUGAAUCUGAGUUCUUCCAUGCUUCAGCCCCUUUUAUAAAACUUGCCCAUUUUCACAAAAACUUAAAAACUGCCUGAAUCAUCCAUUGCAUAAGACGAGUGAAAUAAGCCACAAGCAGAAGUGCUUUUAGAAGUCAGUUGAGCCCAGGUGUUUUUGGGUUUCACUGUAGUCUGCUGCACUUUUCAGGUACAAAAAGGGACUGUCCUUACUAUUACUCUUGUUACAGAGAGUGUUAUUUUCUUACAUGCAUGCACAAUGAAAUGUGUACGAAUAAUUUAACAUCAAUGUGGGGUUGGAUUUUCUUUUUUUUUUUUUACUUAUUUGUAUGCAGUAGAAGGCUUGUUGUAGAAGAGUAUCUCCUCAUACCUAAAUAUACUGUUAAUAAAGAAGAAAAGCUAAAUUAUACAUUGCCAACACAAGUAUGAACUGCUCAUGAAUCUUUCCUUAAAAAGCCAUUCAAGCCUGAUUAUUUUUCUAAGUAACUUCAAUUAAAUUGAAGAAAGAAAGUUC